GUUCUGUUUUAUAAUCUCGCCUUCAAAUUUGGGAUUGAGACCGCGUUCGCCGACGCUUUCAGAUUCUCCGUCUCACUUCCAAAUCCCCCUCAAACCCUAUUCCACACCGCCCCUGCCCCUGAUCUCCAUCCUCAAUCUUUGGUAUCGGUCAUGGCGAAGCGCAGGGCGGUGGCGGCGGCAUCGAAGAAGAGGAAGAAAACUUCUGAUGAUGCAGCGAAGGAGGAAGAGGAGGGCACCACGAGCAAGUCGCAGGAGGAGGAUCUCCAGAAGGAGCCGAAGAAGACACGGGUCAAGGCGCCGAAGCCGAAGGUUGAGACUGAGUACUUCUCCGAAAAGAGAAACAUGGAGGAUCUAUGGCAAUCGGCUUUUCCAGUUGGAACUGAGUGGGAUAACAUGGAUAAACUUAGCGAGAUAAAUUGGUGUUUUUCAAAUUUAGAGAGUGCCUUUGAGGAGGGAGGGGAGCUGCAUGGGAAGACAGUCUACAUGUUUGUCAGCACAGAAGAUUCUCCAAUUCCACCAUCUGAUAAGAUUGGUGUAAAAUCUGUUCAAAGGGAGAAAGAGGAAGUAAUACCCAUGAAGACAAUGAAAAUGGCAUGGGUUCCAUAUAUUCCACUUGAAGAUGGUCUAAGUCAAGUUGAUAGAUUGAAGACUCAAAUAUUUACUAUGGCUUGCACUCAAAGAAGAUCUGCAUUAAAACAUCUGAGGAUUGAGCGUGUCAAGCAAUAUGACUAUUGUCUCCCUUAUCUUCAAUCAUUGAAAGCAGAUGAAGAUGAGGAUGAUACUGUUGUUAAUAUAAUGUUUCCUCUAGAACCUCCAAUUGUCUGUGAUUAUGAUUGGGAAAUGUAUGAAAUUGAGGAAUUUACUGAUAAUCUUAUUAUGGAGGAGACACUGUCAGAAGAUAAGAAAGAUGAGUUUAAGGAAUAUGUGAAGGAACAGGUCAGAGAAAGGAGAAAAGCACAGCGGCAGGCAAAGGAAGCAAGAAAAAAGGCCAUCGAAGACAUGGACCCAAAGACAAGAGAAGCCAUGGAAAACAUGAAAUUUUACAAAUUUUAUCCUGUUCCGACACUGGAUACACCUGAUAUCAGCCAUGUAAAGGUUGAAAGAGAACUCGUGAGGGCAACCGUGCUUGAGGAGAUGAAAGGGAAGGAUAAGAGCCUGUUUAUGCCAAUUUUUGUUAGAAGCAGGUCCUUUUCAGCUGCAGGUCCUGUCGAUCCACUGGUAAAUGUUUCAAUAGGUGAGUCUGGCCUAGACGCCGGCUUGUGACUGGGAGUUUGAAGCUUCUUGUGGUUUUGAGCACGACCUUAGAACUUGUUGGGCCGUUGUCUGUUUGGGAACGGCCCAGUAAGUACUGCCUCUGCCCAACGGGUUACGGGUUCUAGACAUGACUAGUUUUGGUUGUGCCGUGCUUGGCUAUUGGCUUGUGGAGCUUUAAACUUAAUGCUAAAAUUAAUUCACAUAUAUUUAUCAGAAAAUAAAUUUAUACUAA